AACUAAAUUCUGCUACAUAGAUGUGGCCUGAGUCUGUAAGAAUAGGGCACCCUGUAUUUGAUCUCCUCAGCAUAUUAAUAAAUAGAAAUGAUCAAUACAUAUUGACUUCCAAGAGGGCUCUGCAUGACCAAACUCUAGAUUUACAGGGACCACAGGCAACAUGACAGCACCCUGAUCAUAAAUGGGGCAUGUUGAAUUCCUGGAUGGAGUAAAAAUGUUGUGUGAUGAAGAGAAUAAUAGGGGCCCAGACAGGAAGCUCCUGCUCAGAAAAGUCUGAUCCGGCAAACUUUUAGUUUUAAUUGCCCUUAAGUAAUUACCAAAAUAUCAAGGGUGUAGUAUAUGUGGUGCUGAUCUCCCAAGAAGUCUGGUUGUUUCUGCUCUAGGCUACUUCAGUGCUGCCGAAGCAGUGGUCUUUCACAAUCACCUGGAAGCAGAAUUAAAACAGUAGUUCCACAUGACAAUAUUGUGCUUUAUUUCCCAUAAAAAUCCCACAAAGCCUGUUGCUUAGUAUGUUUUAAUUGAAAGUAAGUCUUGCUCAACAAUGGUUUCACUUACUCACUCCUAGCCCUUUAAUUGUUUUCACAUCAGCCAUGAUAUUUCUGAAAUGAACUUUCAGUUAGUUCUUGGUACCUACUGGCAUAUGUUGUUGUUUAGUCGUUUAGCCGUGUUCGACUCUUCGUGACCCCAUGGACCAGAGCACACCAGGCACUCCUGUCUUCCACUGCCUCCUGCAGUUUGGUCAGACUCAUGUUGGUGGCUUCAAGAACACUGUCCAACCACCUCGUCCUCUGUCGUCCCCUUCUCCUUGUGCCCUCAGUCUUUCCCAACAUCAGGGUCUUUUCCAGGGAGUCUUCUCUUCUCAUGAGGUGGCCAAAGUAUUGGAGCCUCAGCUUCAAGAUCUGUUCUGGCAUAUAAUUGUGGUUAAAAAAAAUUAACAAUUUAUCUGGCUUAACAGAAUAAAUAAGUCAUUAGAAGACAUGCUGGCAGGGUUUCAAUUAACUCAUUAAUUAAAAGGAUCAGUUCAGGAAAUCAUUGAAUCAUAGAGUUGGAAACGACUUCAAAGGUCAUCUGCCAUCGCAUGAAAUCAGCAUCAAUGAAUGGUGCCCCAAAAGAUUGGGGAUAUUGCCAAAAAACCACUGGAAUGAGGCAUUUUGACAUCAGUGUCAUCUAGAGUCUAUAAAAAAUAAACAAAUUAUUUCUGUUCUAGGGAAAAUAGCUGGUUUGUUAGCAAUGCUCAUGAGCUUGGUUAGGCUGAGGAUGGUGGCUGUCCCUGGGUCACUAUCCACUGUUCUUAUUAGCUCUUUCACCUCCAUGCAAGAUGUUCUGCUACAGGUCCUGCAUCUUAGAACAUGGUGGCUCUUCCUUCGUGACACUACACAGAAAUGGCAACAUGUUGCUUCCUCAUUAUGGGAAACCUGGGCACUAUUGAUAUCCUGUACAACUUGGACAUUAAAAAGACAUUAAGUUGUCCAGAGGCAGAUUUGGGUGUUGGAAUACCAGUCUGAUUCUUUAUGUGAGCUAUAUAUUAGAGGUAACAAAAUUGAUGUAUGACAGUCUUUCCUUCUGCAGUGCCCCAUUGUUCAAGAUGUUUCCCUUAAUAAUGAAGUUGACUUGACCAAAAUAUAUUUGCAAUCUGGUCUAGUCAAAUUCAAUACCCCUUGAUUGAUUGCUUUAGGGCAGACAUAGGCAAACUUGGCCCUCCAGAUGUUUUGGGGCUACAACUCCCAUCAUCCGUGACCACUGGUCCUGUUAGCUAGGGAUGAUGGAAGUUGUAGUCCCAAAACAUCUGGAGGGCGAGUUUGCCUAUGCCUGCUUUAGGGCUUGGAGAAGCAGCCGCAAUCGGGGAAAAGAGCAGCUGGGAUUUCCCCCUCUCCUCCAUUAUGUUUGUAGAGUUACUGAAGCUACUGCUAAUCCUGGACCAGAUAAGGUGUAGCAAUAUAUGGGAAUCUGCCCUCAUGGCUCUAUGGAAAUAAUGUUGCAUGCACACCCUGAGACUUGAUAAGAAAUGGAGCAAGUAGUCCAGCUCACAGCUAGUCUCAACCCACCCAGGCAGGCCACAGAAGGAGACGCAUUCUUUUCUGUAGUUGGAAUCGGAUCCAACAGUGUUCCCUAGGUAUAUGUCCUUCAUGAAGCUCUGCAGCAGUUUAUCUUCCAGAUAGGUUGUAUGUAUGCCAGGAUCCCACAGUGUCUGACCAGCAUGUGGUAGGGGAAAUUCAGCUUCAAGUAAAAGUGAAUUCCUCCUCAUUAGGAGCAAAACCAGUCUUCCGCCUAUGAUGGAUGGCAAAGGCUUCCAGUAUUUUACCAGGCUAUACUUGCAGUCAUGCUUCUCUCCCUCCCAGUCCACCCCUGUCAUGCCCAUGUACUGGCUGUUAUAGUAGAUAGGUCAGUGAGCUGGAAAGUGAUACCUCGUCGACCUAUUUAGAACAGCUCUGAAAGAUCUGGCAGGGCAGUAAUGAAAACAAGCAAACCUACUGGAGCGUAGGAAGUUGGCAUAUACAGUUCGGCAUGAAAAAUCAGUUUUAUGUACCCUGCUUUCUUGUCCUGUGCAUUGUUUGUUGUGCAAUAGUGUAAACUUUGUUAAUAAUGCUCUUGCUGAAAGAAAUCAUACUUAAUAGUAUGUAACUGAAGCACAGACUCAGGGUGACUGACCCCUAGUGGAUGUUAAGUCCAGAGAAGGAAGAUUGGGAGCAGAUUGGAAAUUAACUGUGAAUUAACCGGGUUUCCCCACAGCAGCACAAAUCCACGUAGUCAGGCUUCAGGAGUGCUUGAUCUCAGUUCAGUGUGCCAUCGGUCUUCAACUGCAUUGGCACAACAAAGAAAGGGAUUGGACCAACCUAUUCUUCCAAAGCGGCACGGACAGGACUUCGGAUAUGUGAUCUUCUGUCAGACUUUGAUGAAUUUUCUUCAAGAUUUAAGAAUCUUGCUCACCAGUACAAGUCGAUGUUUCCUUCUUUAGAAGUUGACACAGAAGGACAGCUAAAAAAACUAAAGGGCUAUGCUGAAAAAAUAAGACCAAUGGUCCGAGAUGGUGUUUAUUUUAUGUAUGAAGCGCUGCAUGGCUCUCCAAAGAAAAUUCUUGUGGAGGGUGCCAACGCAGCACUGCUCGACAUUGAUUUCGGCACAUAUCCCUUUGUGACGUCCUCCAACUGCACUGUGGGCGGUGUGUGCACCGGGCUUGGUAUUCCUCCCCAGUAUAUUGGAGAAGUGUAUGGUGUAGUGAAGGCCUACACAACAAGAGUGGGAAUUGGAGCCUUUCCCACUGAACAGAUAAAUGAAAUGGGAGAUCUCUUACAGUCCCGAGGCCAUGAAUGGGGAGUGACCACAGGCAGAAAAAGGCGCUGUGGCUGGCUUGACCUUGUCAUAUUGAGAUACGCUCAUAUGAUCAACGGAUUCACUGCCCUGGCAUUAACAAAACUGGAUAUUCUGGAUGUAUUUGAUGAAAUCAAAAUUGGUGUAGCUUACAAGCUGGGUGGCAAAAGAAUUCCAUAUUUUCCAGCUAACCAGGAAAUACUGCAGAAAGUGGAGGUGGAGUAUGAAACAAUGCCAGGGUGGAAAACCGACACAACAAGUGUCAGAAAAUGGGAGGAACUUCCGCCUAAGGCACAAAAUUACAUUCGGUUUGUGGAGAACCACGUCGGGGUAGCAGUGAAAUGGGUUGGAGUUGGAAAAUCAAGGGAAUCGAUGAUCCAGCUCUUUUAAACACACAAAGAACAUAUGUGCCAAGAAGCAGUUUAUUGUACAUCUGUUCCUUUCUGUACCCAAACCGAGAUGAAGAUGCUGUUCUUCCUCGACUAUGAUUAUACAUGCCUUGUACUUGUCAUAUUCUCAAGUAAACGUAUCCAAAAAUUAGGAACACAGAAUAAGAACAGAAAUUUUGGGGAGGGGAAUCUUAAGGUCACAUUUAAAAAGUGCCAAACCUGCACUGAAUUAUUUCUCCAACUUGCUACCAAUACAGUGGUACCUCUGGUUAAGAACUUAAUUUGUUCUGGAGGUCUGUUCUUAACCUGAAACUGUUCUUAACCUGAAGCACCACUUUAGCUAAUGGGGCCUCCUGCUGCCGCCACGCCACCGCCGCACAAUUUCUGUUCUCAUCCUGAAGCAAAGUUCUUAACCCGAGGUACUAUUUCUGGGUUAGCGGAGUCUGUAACCUGAAGCGUUUGUAACCCGAGGUACCACUGUAGUGAAGUUUAUUCCAGAUUGCAGAAGGUGUAAGAAGGAGGUUCCUAUUCCUAUGUCAGGAAGCAAUAAUAUGGCAGUGUUCAAUGUAUGUGGCAUUUAAAAUUGUGCUGGUUAUGGAGCACUGCACUUGUGUAAAAGCCAGCACAAUUCAGUAAUUCUCUUUCAAGCCCAGCAGUCAAAGUGACUACUUAUUUUAGAAAUAAAAGCUCUUCAGACAUAAAGGGAGAAGAGAUGCAAAAGAAGUUAUGUCAUGGGAGGAAGGAAGGCAAUAGCUUAAGUCCUUUUGUUGGCAGUGGGUCAAACUGAAAAUAGCUGACAGACCUAAGGGAUAAAGAGCUUCCCUUGAAAUAUUUCCCAAUAGGCACUCCACAUGAAGUCCUUUGGAGAUGGUGCUCUCUUGUGCCAUUGUGCAGUAGGCACAAGGACAAAGAAACCACAGCAAAGUAAGAAAAUGUCCGGGGAAGCCAGUCUUUGCAACAUCCUGAAGUGCAUCACCACAUGGCCAGUGUGUGAGUUCACUACAUCCUUCAUUACAGCUGAGUAGAGCCCCGGUCUUGGACCCUAUGUUGCCAAGCCAUAGCAUGGAUUCCCUUCCACCAACAUUACUUGCCACUACUUAGAUAGGUAGAUUUAAAAGAGGAUUAGAUAGAUUAAUGGAGGAUAUCUAUUGUCAUCUACUAACUCGUGGCUGUGUUCUGUCUCCACAUCUGAAUACCAGUUCUGGAGUGGAGAGUGUCUGUUGUACUUGGGUCCUGCUUGUGUGAUUCCUGUGGGCACCUGGUUGGCCAUUAUAAGAACAGGUCACUUGCUUCAGCCAGAGGGCUCUUCUUAUGUUCUUAAAACAAGUUACCUAGAGCAGCUCCUCAUCAGCCUUUCAAAUAAUGAGUAGAGAAUGAUAGUGUUUUUUUUCCUAUGGAGCUGCGCUAUUUUGGACUGUGGGGCAAUUCUUUUACGUACAAUGAAUGUCUCCAAUCCCAGCAAAAUAAGCAGUGUGUAUGAAGGAGGAAUCCUUUUGAUUCAUGCAGAAUAGCAGUGGUUUUUUAAAAAUUAUUAUUCUGUGUUAUUAUUAUUCCAUGUGAAGAAGAGGGCCUAGGGCUCGGAUCUGUUGCUGCUUGCCUCUAUUUUUAAACAAUGAUUAAUUGUGCCAUCGGAACUACAUGUUCCCCAUGAAUAUGAGUGUGUUGUGGGGCAAUGAAGUGCCAAGCUGGAAUGACAUAAAGGUGAAUGUUGGUCUGGAUGCACUUUUAAGGUCACUGCUUCCAGUAGCAAAGGUUGUGACGGCCUCUGUCCAUCCAUCUGUAUCACGGAGGAUACUUGCCUUACUAGGUUGUUUGAAGCAUUAUAACUAGAUAUUGCCUGUGAAGUGCCUUGAACCCUAGAAAGGGCUAUACAGAUUCUAAGUAUUGUGAUUCUGAUCUUAUUGAGGCCAUUACACAAUGAACAAGUUUUAAAAGAAAGCAGCCAAGGUGUGUUGCAACUGGGUGCUCCUGAAUUGUUUUUAUUGUGGGGGAUUAUGGCCCCUGCCCCUUGCAAUACCAUUGCUUUGGACAGCUUGGAAAUGGAGAUCAUAGUUUAGUUAUUCAUAACUAAUAGAAACUCAGGAACAGAGAGCACUGCAUUGAGACUCACUGCCUUCUGCUUAUUAGUUAACAAUGGUUACAAUUCAACACUGAACUAAGCACACCUAAGCCCAGUGAAAACCAAUGAGCUUUGGUGGUUUGGAUUGUGACCAAUGCCUUUCCUGGGAUCCAGAGUAGUGUGUGUGCUUUCACAAAGGUGUCUCUUAAUUUUUCCUUUUGGUGGCAUCCUCUCACGGAGGCUGCUGCCGGGAGAGCUGAAAAACCUUGUGGACAAUCUUUUACAUCUCUGGUUCCUAGUCCAUAUCUCUGCCUUAGUUUUGCCAGUUGGAACAUGGCAGGUAAUACUUGCUUACCUACCUCAUGUAGACAAAGUAGGCUCUAGCUCGCACUCAAUGCUACACUUGUUAGUCUUUAAGGUGCCGGAGGGUUCUUUGUGUUUGCUGCAACAGACUGCUCUGGAAUAAUUUUUGUAUGUUCUUAUGAGAAUCAUGGUGGGCCUCAGCCUUUUGAGAAGACUAACUUUCUGACUCACAGAUUAUGUUGACUUAACUUUGAGACUUAAAUGUUUUGUUAAAUAAUUUGUAAAAGCGCUUUUAAUUGACAGGGAUCUAGGAGGACCACUGCCAGGUCAGUUUUCGUUGCUGUCACAAAUAGCCCAAGAAUUCUUCCCUCAACCCAUGGUGCCUUGGCGUAUAUGCAUUUGGACAAAGUACACCAAAGUGGCCUUUUGCCUUGCAGUUAUCAAGCUUUGCUCUAUAAUCACUUAGGAGUGACUUGCUUACUGUACCUUGUGACUUGCCUCCUGCUUUGUAAUUUGAAAUGGCAUUGUUGUCAAUUAUUUUUGCCCAAUCGACUUUUUUUUCACACUACUAACAAGAUGCACACAGAAUUGUUAGAGGAGGAGGAGGGGUCCUUGUAGGCCAUCUUGUCCAAUCUCCUGAUUGUGACUAUCCAGAGCUAGUGCGUCCUUAAUAGAUAACUAUUUGAUGUAUGCAAAGCCUGCUGCUGAAGUCUUGCAAUAUAGGAUGCUUAAACUUUUUCCAAAGUCUGUGUCAGUUGAGCAGCCUAACCUGGGGCAACCUGAACCACAGCCUGCUGGGAAGUGUUCCCGUGCAACAUCCAGUGAAAUUAAUGUGAGCUGUGCAAGAAUGUUGCUUUGAUAAAUCACAUUCGCUUCAGUUGAGCUGGCAUGGAAGAACUCACUAGAACACCAUGCCCAAUGACAUCAGGCUUUUUAGUUUGCACUAAAUCACAGUUGACCUUGUGUUCUAUAGCUUUAUUCUGUUUUAACUCAUCUAUGAAGAAUGUUAUUAAGUUAUUUUAAUUGCAAUCUGUUCUCAGUAAGUAAUAGCACUGAAUAAAAUUCAAUUUAUUUUUAUUUAUUAGGGAAUCAUGUUACAGUCCACAGUUAUUCAAACCAGCAUAAGAAAUGUUUUUCUGUACAAUGCAUGCUUCUCUCUUGACGGUAUCCUGUUAAAUAUUAUAUUGGCCAUUCACUUGAAAUUUGGUUAUAAUUAGUUUCACAGGUUACAUUUAAUAUUCAUAACCUGAAGCAAAUUGGUAUGGUUGAAUUAAUAGGGUUGAAAACAGCAUGGCAAGACAGUGAAAAUGUCUUAAUUGUGCAUCACAGCAAGGACUAUAGUAACACUUUUGUGAUGCUCUAUCACACUUGCUGAUACUAGCUGGGUGCACACAAUUCAACAGAUGCACUAGAAGUGUUCUCUUGAUUUAUUUUUGUAUAUGGUCAAUCAAUAGGGAUGUACACUUUUAUCUUACAGCUCUUUGCUUUAUAAAGCCUUACAAGAGUAAGAA